AUGUCGGCUCACUUGAUGGCCGAGCCCCAUCUGGUGGUGAGGCGUGGAUCUUCGCGUCGAGACGCGUUGCCCGGCCCGACCCUUCUCGCCCUCCUUCAACGCCAUAGUCUACAGCCACAGAUUGGCAUGGCCGCCCAGGAAACGUCGGCCUCGGUGCCGCACAAUUUAAAUAAUAAUGGCGGGACACCGCCGGUGGAGAAUCCGAUCGGAUGGGCAAUGUUUAACCCGUUGCCGUUGAAGCCAAAGACGUUGUUGCAGAAGAGAGCG